AUGGUUGUGUUCUUCCACCCACUCGCGGAGCAUCCGCUGCACAUCCUCACCCGCGAUCCACCUGCCUCUGCGUCACUGCUGCCAUGGCAACGGAUGAUGCUGCUUCUAUUCUCUGAUGCAGACUCGGUGAGCGACGAGCAGGAGUUCGCGGAGGGCUUCGUCAAAGCCCUGGAGGACCUUCACAAGCAGAACCAGCUGAGCGGCGGCGCGUGCGUCCCUCCGACGCUCAACAGACUCGCCAGCAGCACCGCGCUCGCCUUGCCCACGGAUCUGCCCGUGUAUACGAACUUGAGCGCGUACGGGAGUACCACGGUGAACUAUUCCACGGACACCAUUCCGUUCCCUCCGCCGGCGCUGAGAGACGAGCCGCAGACCGUGCCGGACAUGCAGAUCUUCGGCGACAGUCCUCCGCUCUCCCCCAUCAACAUGGACACGCAGGAGCGCAUCAAAGCCGAGAGGAAGAAGCUGCGCAACCGCAUCGCCGCCUCCAAAUGCCGCAAGCGGAAACUAGAGCGGAUAUCCCGGCUGGAAGACAAAGUGAAAAACCUGAAGAGCCAGAACACGGAGCUCGCGUCCACGGCGAGCGUGCUGAGAGAGCAAGUGGCGCAGCUAAAGCAGAGAGUGAUGAACCACGUCAACAACGGGUGCCAGUUGCUGCCUAACCAAGUGCAAGCUUAUUAGAGGACAGUCUUUAUCGAUCAGUGUUUUGGGUGGUCUGGUUUGGUUAAACGUCACAUUUCCACAGCAGUGCACGAGAGGUCGUGCUCAAGCGACUGAGACAUUAAGGAACCACGGUGUUUUAUUAAGCAAAUCCACUUCCGCAAAAACAUAGUCCCUGACUUGACAGAGCGUUGCGUUUCGCGGAUCAGUCUUCAGCAAAGAUGGGCACUAUAUCUGUUAUUUGUGGUUUAAUAGGCUGUGAUAUGCUUGAUUGGACAAGCAGCGUUCCUAACAUUUUCCUAAAACGUGUAAGUAUUCGUCCGCCUGUACGUGUGACAGCUGACAGUCUGCGCGUUCGACUCUGUUUUGGUUUCGUUUGGAACUAUUUUCGGUGCUUUUAUUCUAAAAAUUGACUUUUUUUUAUUAAACAAUCCAAGUAUUAAGUACCAUCAACAUUGCUAUUUGGUGAAACCAGCGAUCGGUAAUAAGGUGAACGCUGUUUUGCGUCAUAGCGAGUGAUCAAUUAUACCAUAUUUUUAAAGAAGCGUUCCUAAAGUUUUCAUAAAACAUCACUGGGAAGUUCACUGUGUGUAUCAGUCCGCUGUGCGUUGCUUAGCAACACAAGCGUGUUUUGGUUUCUUUUGGAACUAUUCUAGUUGGCGUUGUUAUUAUUUUAAUAUUUUCAUUAAAUUAUUAUAUUAAUUGCAAUCAUUCCGAUAGAAAAUAGUCCUUGACUAAAUGUUGUUUUGCAGUUUUUGUUAUGCUAAGAUGUGUUUUACGUCAUAGCCGUUUAUCAAGCGUAGCGUUAGUUCUGGCAGGUGACGUUAGUCAAGCUCGCAUCAGCUGACUCUCAGCUG